GGCACGGGGUUAAAAGCUCAAAUAUUUUGAUUCGGAAAACAUGUCAGCUGAGUUAUUCAGGCCUUUGUGCCGUUUUCUUCAUAUACAUGUGUUGUGUCGAUCUUAGGUUGCGUUACUUAUGGAUGCCGUUGACAGACACCGUGCCCUUUACAAAGGCACAACUCCACCAUGGAAAGAAACGUAUCGCAAGCGAUGUGUGGACAGACUCAAGAACAGUCGGUCCAGGCUGUUGGACAGAUACCGUCAGAUGGGAGAGAGCCAGCACUGCAGCGGCUCCGGGACCUCCAUCAUCGUCCAGGAGGUGAUGGAGGAGGAGUGGACUGCUCUUCGGUCAGAAGACGAGAGACUUCCUUCCCUUUGGGGGCCAGAGGGUAUGGUAGAGAUGUUCAGCCUGAUGAAAGAGUAUGAUGAGCUGGCAGUUCUUGAAGAAAUCCAACAGGAACUUGCAUCACAGGAAAUGUCUAUUAUUGACGAGUACGAGAGGAACCUGCAGUUUGAGCAGCAGUACAUUUUAUCCGUCGUGGAAGGGAUGGACGAGAUGCAUGUCAUUUGUCCUGUGUGUCGCGCAAACAAUGUCAAUAUCAACAGUCAUUUUAUUUCCUGUCCCUGUGGACUGUACGUAAACACUAAGAAAAAGAACAUAACCCCAGACGUCCUGAGCCAUCUGCUGGAGUCCCGGGUGUCAGAGCACAUGGAGGAUUGUCUGCACGACCCAGUUUUCUCUGUAGCAGCGAACACAGACAGCUCUCCAAACCUGAUGAUCAGCUGCCAGGUUUGUGACUACUUGUCUGUCGUUCUGUAAAGGAGACACGAGAAUCCGAAGCGGCUCUGUCUGUCAAGAUUUAAUUUAAAGUUUUGUUUUAUAAUUGUGAAAUAAAGAAUUUUUUUUGUCAAUUUAA